UGUGAGUCUUUCUGCCUGAACCCCCAGUCCUUCACCCCACCCCCCAUUCUGGAGAGCAAUCGGAUCUGAUCAACGCACGAGCGUUUGUACAAAGCGGGCCGCCCACAACACUGAUGUCGGGUUUAGGGUAGCAAACUGAAAGGGGGCCAGUUAUGGCUCAUGGCAAGAAGCCAGUAACCAUGUCCAAAGCCUUGGCUCCUGUUCCUCAGCUGUGCCCAGAUGCAGGACCUGCAAAACCGAUCCAGGAGCAGCGAUCAGAGAGCGAGGACACUCAGCGACCUCCUUGUUCUUUGAGGAACGACGACAACAACGAGCAGCUGACUCCUCCUGCUCCUUCCAAGCAUUUUUACAUGAGCUGUGACCCAAGUCCAGAGGACAUGGACGACGCGUGCUCCGAGUACGACAACGUCGGCUCAGACGUGGAGCAAGACUAUGAUGAAGAGCUGCAUUUAAACAGACAGGGCCCUAAUAACAUGGGAUACUACAACCAGCACGGUCCCGGGGGGGUGCAGCACGCCCAGGAGAGUAAUGAGGAUCCUUCUGCUGACGCCAUGACUCCAAAAGCUUAUCACAGCACCAGGAAAUUAGAGCGACCACAAUCAGGCGGUAAGCCGUAUAGAGCGGGUCACCGGUUUAAGUCACACUGUGCUCCCAUCGCUGGAGAUGAAGAUGGAGGAGCCAUGAAAACAAUUCAAGGAGACGGGUUCUUUUUCAAUGAUGGAGAUGAUUUUGAAGAGGUGCUGGACGGGGCCAGAUUCAUAGAGGAUGUAGAUGAGACAGAAAGGAAAGCUGAAAGGCCCACCGGUCUUCAUCAGGGAGCUGAGAGUGAAAGAGUUAGAAAGGGAGGGCAUGAAAGAAAAAGAGAAGAUGAAGCUCGCAUACCAAGAAAUCGGAACGCAUCAGGAGCCGGGAAGAAGUCUGAGCCACCCCACGGGGGGCACAAGGGGAAAGAGCGUCUGGGUAAAGGUCGAGGAAGAGGGGGGGGUGAAACUCAGCACAUGAACCCCGGGGUCAAAGGAGGCAGCAUGGAGCAGCAUCCAAAGACUGUGUCCAAAAAGUCUGCAGUGAGGUCCAAGGAUCGGUCCGGUUGCAUCAAACACCAUCAUCCUCCCCCGACCCGCCAUGCCCAGCCGGCCCCCCGCCCCCAGAGGACCCCGCCUCCUGCUUCUGGACCCCAUCCCUCAGCUGAUGACCAGCAGGAAAGUGAAGCCCGGCCGAUCAAACCGUUUCAGGCGCCUCAUCACACAGCGGAAGAACACAGAGAGCCGCCCGACCAGCAGAGAGGUUCAGAGACAGCCGAGCAGGAUCAGGAUGAGAAGCCAAGCACAACCGUGAUGCCUGAGGAAGUGGCAGAGCAGCCAGAGGGGCCGGAGGGGCCGGAGGGACCAGAGGGGCCGGAGGGACCAGAGGGGCCUCUGUGUUCAGAGCCGGACUCUGUAGAGGAAAACAACUCUCCCAAGGAAGGCGCUGCUUUUCCCAGCUUUGAGGAUGUCCCAGGUCCAUGUGAGCCGGAGGAUCUCAUCGACGGGAUCAUCUUUGCUGCUAACUACCUGGGAUGCACUCAGGUGUUGUCGGAUAAAAACCCGUCCAAGUCGGUGCGCAUGUCGCAGGCGCAUGAAGCUGUCAGUCGGAUCAAGAGCCAAGAUGAAGACUCUCAGAUGAUGACUGAAGUGGACCUCUUUAUCUCCACUAAAGCCGUCAAAGUGCUCAAUGCUGACACACAGGAGACGAUGAUGGACAGUGCCCUGCGGACCAUCUCCUACAUUGCCGACAUCGGCAGCAUUGUGGUUCUGAUGGCCCGGAGACGCGUGCCCCAAGCUUCAUCUGAGGAUUUCUCAGAGUCCUCUGAUUCAGCCAGUGAAGGGAAGACUCAGUACAGAAUGAUCUGCUACGUCUUUGAGUCAGAAGAUGCGCAGCUGAUUGCACAGUCCAUCGGUCAGGCUUUUAGCGUGGCCUACAGAGAAUUCCUGCGUGCCAACGGCAUCAACCCGACAGACCUUAGCCACAAACAGUACAGCGACAUCAUCAACUCCCAGGAAAUGUACCAUGAUGACCUUGUCCAUUUCUCAAACUCAGAGAACCGUAAAGAGCUGUACGUGGAGAAGCAGAGAGGCGAGAGUCUGGGUGUGGUGAUAGUGGAGUCCGGCUGGGGUUCCAUUCUGCCCACUGUCAUCCUUGCCAGCAUGCUGAACAGCGGCCCUGCAGCUCGGUCUGGAAAACUAAGUGUGGGAGACCAGAUUAUGUCUAUCAAUGACACGAGUCUGGUGGGACUGCCAUUGGCCACCUGUCAGAGCAUCAUUAAGGGUUUGAAGAAUCAGGUGAAAGUGAAGCUGAGCAUUGUCAGCUGCCCUCCUGUUACUACAGUCCUCAUCAAGAGACCGGACCUCAAGUAUCAGCUCGGCUUCAGUGUUCAGAACGGCAUAAUCUGCAGUCUGAUGCGAGGCGGCAUUGCUGAACGAGGCGGGGUCCGGGUUGGACACAGAAUCAUCGAAAUAAACGGGCAAAGUGUUGUUGCCAUGGCACACGAGAAGAUUGUUCAAACUCUGUCUGUCUCAGUGGGCGAGAUCAACAUGAAGACGAUGCCUGCUGUGAUGUUCAGACUCCUGACCGGACAAGAAACACCCGUCUACAUUUAGCACGGAUCCAUCCUCCGGAGUCCAGGUCGUCCAGCGCUCGAUGGGUCACCCAUUGGGACGGAGGGAAUUUAUUUUUCUACCAUUUUAAAUUGUUUUGCUUCUUGUCGCAAUGCUGUAAAGAAAAUCAUUUCCAGGUCUUAUCUUGAAUUACAUCAUCAUAAUGGCCUUAUAAUGUGAAUACCGUCUGUAGUACUGUACGUGAGGUUAUGGUGUCAAAGAAAAGUAGCUUUAUGGUCAUGAUUAUUUUCCUAUGAAGAGAUAAAUUAGCACAUUUAUUUUUUAUUUAGUCAUUUUUAUAAUGCGUAUGGGGUUAUAAAAUGUACUUAUACUGUAAAUACUUUGGGUUCCUCUCGGGCUUUGUUGGGAAGGCCAUAACUACUCCUGCAAAACAAUGCAGUAUGCAUGUGAUUGUGGAAAAAUAACAGACCAGGGAUUCAAUCUCGAUCUGACAUGAUAAUCUAUUACAGUAAGCAUUACAAGUCAACAAAAACACGAUGUACAAAGGCACCGAACUCUGCAUUACGGCAACGCUGAAGGCCAAAGACACACACCUUGUUGGGGAGAUAAAGUAGCCACACUUUGAGGGACAGAGAGUACUAGAAUGUAUCAAUAUACUCAUUACUGGAUGAAUGUAAUGAAAAAGAAAGUACAAUUUCUCUCCUAAA